GUAAAUCAAGUAGGGUUUUUCGAGUUCUGGUUACCGGCUAGAAGAAGCCGCAAGGGACCCAAACGCUCCAUUCUCGUAUUUCGUCUAUUCUGCAGAACGUCUUCGCAUGUACACGAUUUGAAGUUAAUGGCGUUUGCAAAUCUCUUGCUCUCCCUCCUUUUGGCUCUCUCGGCGCACCUAUCUACGGCGGAGUCCAUCUAUGGAUGUGGGGGUUUCGUUGAGGCAAGCUCAGUGCUGAUCAAGUCAAGGAAACCCUAUGAUCGGAAACAGGAUUACUCGCAUGUUACCGUUGAACUUCAAACAAUUGAUGGGCUGGUGAAGGACAGGACACAAUGUGCCCCGAAUGGUUACUAUUUUAUUCCAGUUUAUGACAAGGGUUCAUUUAUUGUCAAAGUCAAGGGUCCGGAUGGAUGGUCAUGGGAGCCUGAUAAA